UUGAUAUUUAUAAUGACGUUUUGAGAAAAUUCAAAAAUGAAUAAAAAUUGUCAAAACAAUUUUUAUUAUUUAGUAAGAUAUUCAGAGUGAAGAUUGUGAAUACCAUCUCUAUAAAUAAAGCAUGGACUAUUCGCGGCUCUCUGAUAAGGCUGUUACACUUUCUGAACUAUUGGACCUAGCUCUUGGAACACCUGAUGGUCAGCACCUAAAACUCAGCGAUGUGAAGCCAGACGUAAAGAAACCUACAAACGAACCACGGUCACAGAAUGAAACAAAAAUAUCAACUUCUGAAUUGGCCAAAAAUAUACUCUACAAUAUCCAAAAAAGAUUAACAACUAUUGAAUCUCAAUUAGCCUUAUUCAAUUCUUUACCAAAUAAUCAAGAUAUUAUUGGUUACAUUGAUAAUGAUAUACACAAUAAAAAGAAUAAUAAUUCAUUAGAUAAUUCAAAUGAUAAUUAUAGAAAAGUUACUAAUUUAUGGCAAACUGUACAAACUAAUAAACGUUUAGAUGCUACAGAAGAAGGUCUUCAUUGAGUAAGUUCAUCAUCAUAAUAAUGAUUUAUAUAUGUUGUACUUUAUCAUUUCUAUUAUGAAUAAUGAUCAUACAAGAUCAUGGAUCAACUGAAGUUAGAUAUUUAGUGUUGAAUGCUGGCUAACUCAAUGAUCUGAAUGUUAAAAGUUCGUUCACGAGAUCAAUGGUCUUGGGGUUUGAGUCAUGCAUGCAGGAUCGUGGAUAUGUACUGUCGAGGAGUCCUAUAGUUGGACGAAACAACCAUUUAGUGCUUCUAGGUUUUUCUUUGUUUAUUCAUCCCGUUCGAAUGCAUUUCUCAUCCGGAUUACUCCAACUAUGUUCUACUCUUAGCUCGACUUUUCUUAAACUGCAUUCUGAAAACCCAGACAUUGGUACCGUUCAAAUAUACAUGAAUUUCAUUCAGCUGUUCAAACAUAAAACCAUGUC